AUUUACUCGGACGAGAACAAGAAUCUCAUGUACUGCCACGUCCCUAAAGCUGGGUGCACGUUCUGGGGCCGUAUAUUUAGCUUUUUGACCCGUCCGGACGAUAUGUCACAAAUGAAAAUUCACUCACCUUUUGAUAUAGAUCGCAUGAAACUCCACAAUGGUCCACUACAGCCAGUGGGACAACCCGAUUGGAAUUUAGCUAAAAACGAGAUCAAAGAGACCACGGUCAAAUUUUUAUUUGCGAGAGAUCCGUACUCUCGACUCUGGAGCGCUUAUUUAGACAAAUACUAUUUACCCGAUUUCUGGCAUCGCAAAGAGUUCUCCAAGGAUCUUUGUCUCUUGAAUAUUACAUUUCCAGAAUUCCUGACUUUUGCAAUGACGUCGCCCGACGGACACAUGCUUCCCGUGGCGGUGGUCUGCAAUCCUUGUGUGUUCCAUCCACAUUACAUUGGCAAGAUGGAAACGUUUUUUCGAGAUUCAAAAUUUAUAUUAGACAAAAGACAAAUGGGAAGCUUACUGGACAACUAUAGUUAUAAAAAUUACACCGAGACAGAGCUAAAAUCGAUAAUCUCAAACUACUUCUGGUAUUACAACUUCUGGAAACUUAGUCAAUGUUUUACAGAGAAGGACCUCUGUCGUAGAAUGUGGCGCGUGUUUCAAAUUAACGGCCACAUCCGGUCAACGUUGGGAUUUCCCGGAAACUUCCCCGUCUACAACGAAGAGACGUUUCUCGGCCAUGUUUUACAAACUGUACGGAGUCAAGGGAUGAGCAGAGCCGAAGCAUCAAAUCAGAGACGUAAAUAUCUUUCAAACGUGUAUAAGACUGUAUCAAGGGCCCACGUUCUAGCCAUCCAAGAAAGAUUUAAACCUGAUUUUGACAUUUUUGGUUAUGAUACGCUUCCACCAAAAUAA